CUCCUCCUCCUCCUGCAGCUGCUGCUGCCGCCGCCGCCUUUUGCUGCUGCUCCUCGCCAAAUUGAGAGAGAGAGAGCUUGCAUGCUGGCAGGAGAGCAAAGAGAGAUUUCACCUUCUGGGUUGCAAAAUCCCCCCUCCAAAAAACCAACAACACACACAGCCCAGCGCUGCAGCAAAAGUUCCGCCUCGACCUGUGUCCGCGUUCUUGCAUUAAAGGCACCUGCAGCUCGAUUUCCUGUGCAGAGAGAGCAACCGCCGCUGCUCUCGGUGCUUCCUCUUUUUCUUUUCUUUCUUUUUUGGGUGGAGGAGAGGGGCAAGUUUAGCAGCAGCAGCAGCGGCGCCGGCGCCGGACUUCUCUGAAGAGCACGCGUGGCCGUUCAGCUGGCAAUCGGCGAAAAGAUGGGGAUGCCCUUUUAGGAAACAGGGCUUGCUGCAAAUGCACUAGAGGCGAGCUGGGUACCAGCUUGCCUGCCUGCCCAUCAUGGUGGUGGCACCGGCCCCAGAGGACAGGCGUUGAGAAGUCACCUUGUGCUCGGCGACCCCUCCAUCACUUCCAGCUGCUUCCUGGAAUUAGGCCGCAGCAGGAGCAAAUAAGAAAAGGGGGAAUAAGAAGAAGCAUGGACAACUGACUGUGUUGACCUGAUGCAUGGGAGGAAUCUCACAAUUCACACGUGCUGGGAGUUCCUGGAGCAAGUCCUCUUCCACCCCUUUGCCUUCCUCCAAUUUGUGGAAGUUGCUGGGGUAUUUAUUUUUUAUUCCUACUGACCUUUUUCUCCUCUUCCCCAGGGGAGAAAAAAAAAUAUCCUGGAUAUUUUAAUUUUGUAGCGCUUUAGAUUUUUUGGGUGUGUGUGUGUGUGUGUGUGUGUGUGUAAGAGUACAGUCUGAAGAUGGGCAAUGCAGCUAGCAGCAUGGAGAUGUCUCCGGCGAAGGAGAUGAAAAGCCAACCCACAGCCUCGUCACCUCUGCCCCCCAAGCAGCCGGCGCCCCCCAAACAACCUAUGCCCAGCUCUGGGGAACUGGAAGAACGAUUCAGCCACGUACUGAAUUCCAUGAACUUGCCGCCAGACAAAAUGAAGCUACUGAGCCAGUAUGACAAUGAAAAGAAAUGGGAGUUGAUCUGUGACCAGGAAAGGUUUCAGGUCAAGAACCCACCUUCGGCCUACAUCCAGAAACUGAAGAGCUAUCUGGAUACGGGUGCAUUCAGCGGAAAGUUUAAGAGACGGGCCCAAGAGUCCACCCAGAUUCUUCGGGAGCUGGAGAUAUCUUUGAGGACCAACUACAUAGGCUGGGUCCAGGAAUUCCUGAACGAAGAAAACAAAGGACUUGAUGUGCUGGUGGACUACCUCGCCUUUGCCCAGUGCUCUGUCUCGUAUGAUAUGGACAGCACUGACAAUGGGAGCCCUGGGUCCGACAAGGGAAAGGCCCUGGACAGAUCUAUGGAGGACCUCAGCAGAAGCAGCAACUCCCCUACGCAGGGCUCCUCCAAAACGAGGCACCUGACUGUCAGACUCAAUCUGGCACACAGCAGGAAGGCGCUGAGGAACUCGCGCAUCGUCAGCCAAAGGGAUGAUGUCCAUGUGUGCAUCAUGUGUCUCCGUGCCAUCAUGAAUUACCAGUCCGGGUUCAGCCUCGUGAUGAACCACCCAGCCUGUGUCAACGAAAUCACACUGAGCCUCAACAACAAGAACCCCAGGACUAAAGCCCUCGUCCUGGAGCUGUUGGCGGCUGUCUGCUUGGUCCGAGGGGGACACGACAUCAUCCUGGCUGCGUUUGACAAUUUCAAAGAGGUCUGUGGUGAGAAGAACCGCUUUGAGAAGCUGAUGGAAUAUUUCCGAAAUGAAGACUGCAACAUUGAUUUCAUGGUUGCUUGCAUGCAGUUCAUCAAUAUUGUGGUUCACUCUGUGGAGAACAUGAAUUUCCGGGUCUUCUUGCAAUAUGAGUUCACACAGUUGGGACUGGAUGAAUACCUAGAGAAGCUGCGCUAUUCGGAGAGUGACAAGCUGCAGGUGCAAAUCCAAGCUUACCUGGACAAUAUAUUUGAUGUGGGCGCCCUGCUGGAGGACACCGAAACCAAAAAUGCUGUCCUGGAGCACGUGGAGGACUUGCAGGAGGAAGUCGGACAGCUUGCAGAGAAACUCCAGGAUGCCGAGAACGAAUCCAUGGCCAAAGUUGCAGAGCUGGAGAAGCAGCUGUGCCAGUCGCGCCGCGAGGUGGAGGCCCUGAGAGCACAGACUGCAGGCAAUGAGCAGGAUCGGACGGACAGUCCAAGGAGUCCCUCUUUGCUACAAAUGCCACAGCCUCGGGGGUCUCUGCAGUACCCUGCCUUGGAGCGCAAACUAGAGGAACUUGAAGACAAGGGGCUAAUCCGGAUUCUGCGGGGACCUGAUGGAGAUGUCAUCGUUGGCAUUGAGGUCAUCCCGGUCAUUGUGGAAGCCUCAGGAGCCUCUUCGGUUACCAUUGUUGCACCUUCGUCAACCAGCACAGAUUUUCCUUCACCAUCUACAUCUCCUGUUCCUCCUCCUGCUCCCGAAAUCCCUCCAGCCCCGCCCCUGCCUUUCACCAAGGACAGCAGCUCCCUGGUUCCUUCAUCCUCUCAAGAGGAAGCUCCUCCUAUCCCCCCUCCAGCUCCGCCCCUUCCGGGGAUCAGUGUUCCUCCCCCUGCCCCGCCCCUUCCUGUGGCAGGAACUACAGCUCCACCACCACCUCCACCCCUCCUGCCAGCGGACGGUCCGGUUCCUCCUCCUCCUCCCCCUCCGCCGAUGGCUGAUGGUGCAAAUUUCCCAGGAGUCACAGUAACGCCAGCUGUCAAGAUCAAGAAGCCAAUACAAACGAAAUUCCGGAUGCCCAUCUUCAACUGGGUGGCUCUGAAGCCCAACCAGAUCAAUGGCACGGUCUUCAACGAACUCAACGACGAGAAGGUCCUUCAGGAGCUUGACAUGAACGACUUUGAGGAGCAGUUCAAAACCAGAGCUCAAGGCCAGGCCCGUGAGCUCCCUGCCCUGAAGGCAAAGGCUUCCCAGAAGAAAGCCCCCAGCAAGGUGAUGCUGAUUGAAUGUAACCGGGCCAAGAACCUGGCCAUCACGCUUCGCAAGGCGGGCCUCAGCAUCGACGGCAUCUGCAAGGCCAUCCAGGUUUACGACCUGCAGUCCCUAAGCCUUGACUUCAUGGAGUUGUUGAUGCGCUUCAUCCCCACGGAAUACGAGCUGACGGUGAUUCGCAGGUACGAGAAGGAGCAACGGCCGCUGGACGAGCUUUCAGAUGAGGACCAGUUCAUGAUUAAAUUCAGCAGGAUCCCUCGCCUGGCGGAACGCAUGCACAUCAUGACCUUCCUGGGCAACUUCGGAGACACCGUCCAGCUCCUUCUACCCCAACUCAAUUCCAUCAUCGCUGCUUCGAUGUCGCUCAAGGCUUCUACCAAACUGCGCCAGAUUUUGGAGAUUGUCCUGGCGUUUGGGAACUACCUGAAUAGCAGCAAGCGAGGAGCGGCCUAUGGGUUCCGCUUGCAGAGCCUUGACGCGCUCCUGGAUAUGAAAUCCACAGACCGGAAGCAGACGCUGCUUCAUUACAUCGUGCGGGUGAUCCAGGAGAAAUACUCUGACCUUACAAACUUCGCUAGUGACCUGCACUUCCUGGAAAAAGCGGCAGCAGUAUCCCUGGACAGUGUGCUCCAAGAUCUGCGGGGCCUACAGAGGGGCAUGGAGCUCACGCGCAAAGAGUUCAUGCGCCAGGAUGACAGCACUGUGCUCAAGGACUUCCUCAAGGCGAACACAGAGGUGAUGGAGAAGCUCCAGGCCGAUGGCAAAACUGCACAGGACGCCUAUGAGUCAACAGUGGAGUAUUUCGGGGAGAACCCCAAGACUACCCCUCCGACAAUGUUCUUCCCUACGUUUGUGCGCUUCGUCAAGGCAUACAAGAAAGCGGAAGAAGAUAUCCAGUUGUGGAAGAAGCAGGAAGCGGCAGCCAAAGUGGAGGAGGUGAACUCCCCCAGCCAGGAGGAAAAGGCAGCUCAAAAGUCUCCCACACACAAGGCCAAGCGGCAGCAGAUGGACCUCAUUUCUGAGCUGAAGAAGAAGCAGCUGGUGAAGGAGCCCCUCAUUUAUGAAGAGAAAGAUGGAGCCAUUGAGGAUAUUAUUACAGGCCUGCGCAACCAGCCGUACCGGCGGGGGGACACCGGUCGGCACAGCGCCAGGAAACGGGCCAUGGGGCAGACGCUGCAGGUGACUGCCGACAUCUCGCUGUGACAGCCCCGAAUGAGAACAGCAAGCUAGCCAAGCCUUGGUUUGGGGGCGCGAGGCAAGGACUGGGGGGUUCCUGGCCGACGGGCUUGGACCAAAAGCUCCUCACACCAAGGAAGGACAUAAACUCAGGGCAGGACGAUCCCUUCCCUCCUCCUCCUCCUCCGCUUUUAAAGCCAUUUGUGGGCUUAUGCGCACAACCACCCUGCCAAUUCUCCUGCCCACGGGGAUCAACGCUGCUUCAUUUUGAACUUCGUUUUCUCUGCCAACUAGGACAGCAGGUGGUUCUGGAAGGCAAUUCCAGCCAUAGCAACACCAAGCCAAGAACGAGCACCUUCCACAGCCUGGAAUGUUUAUGACUGCACUCCCUCUGGAGGGAGGAAGCGGAGCCGACGGUCUCGAUUCCUCCCCCCUGCUUGCCCUGGUCCCUUCCCCCCCCCCCCCCGCCUCAUUCAGCUGGGCCAUUUCAGUCUGCUUUAAUCCUCCACUUUCUCCUCUGGCCUGGAGAAGACAGCCAGUGUUUGCAGGCCAGUUUUCUCCCAUAUGACAUGAACUCGCUCGUUUGAUCCGAGCGAGUAGUCGUACACUUGUAGGAAGGUUACUUGCCCCAGGAAUGUGUAACCUCAGGAUCAUUUAAGCCAUUAAAGUGGUGAAACGAGGGGGGUCCACCAGGACUUUGCAGGGGGGGGGGGCUGCAAGCACCCUGUACAAAACAGCUCCUUGGACAGGUGCCACCACCACCUUGGCCCUGUAGGACACAAACUGCAGGCAGCACUUCAGGUUUAUUCUGUAGAGAGGGCUAACAGCCUGUGUAAUUUUCUACCUUUGCGACGUUUUGGCUGGCACAGGCCUGGCCGAGGAUGCCUGGGAGUGCAGUCUUAAGCCUCGACCAAGGCUGUAGUGGUUAUAGAUGACCCAGGAGUCUCUGCUGUCCUCCAUAUUUCCACGUAGUCCAAGUCCGCCCCGCAUCAUGAGGGCGACGAGACGACAGUUUGAUCAGUGCACGUAAGCAACCAGAGUUGUCCUUCCUUCCACCAAGGCUCCGCACCACCACCUAAAGUCACUGCCCUCGUGCACAUCUUCAGAUGGAAAGUGGCCAGCCGCUAAGGAGGAAAGAAGACUGGGCUCUAAGCAGGAGACGUAAAUCUUCCCAAGUAUAAUGUUUGGUUAAAGUUAUGGAUAUGAUUUUGGCUUCUUAUUCUAGCACAACAGCCACCCCUAGGAAGCAGUUGCGGUCCGUGGAACAGCCCUCUCAGGAUUUAAGUACUAAGCACAGGCGGCACUUUGGUAUUUUUUAAAACCAACAUGCUCUGAUGCAGAGAAGCUUAGAGGCUUCGUGACAAUCAAAACCGGGGGAGCGAAGUUGCUUUUCUUUUUCUUGCCACGUGGUGUCGCCAUUUCUGUGGGGUUUCCCACCGGUGCUUUCUCUCCAACCUGUGCCCUGGGUUCUAGUCUCUCCCUGCCCCCCCACCCCCCGAACGAAAAGUAGAGGUAAUUAGGUCAAUCAGAUUAUACACGCUAUAAUUUCCAAGAGCACAAUGGGGUGGUUCCUCCCUGCGCCCCCAGGAAUCCAAGCAGCAAAUGAAUUUGCAUAUGGGGUAAGAUUUCUGAAGGUCAGGUUGUCUGAAGGACUCUGUAUCAUGGAGCCACUUUGCUUACAAAGGUAGACCAAGGGGUAAGCAAGAGGAUCCUUACAGACCCAGGAUGUGACGUCUUUCGACAGCUCUGUUCUCUGUGGGUUCCCAGUGGACAAUGGCACUUGCAAGUUGAGCAUCUGCUCUCCCCGCCCCCUUUGUUCUUUACAGCUCAUGCCCUUUUUCUUAUCUGGGGGCGGAGAGGGGAGAUUGUGAAAACUCGAAGAGACACAUAUAGCCCAUCCCAUCCGCCCCAGCACAAAUCCAGGCCCCCUGGGACGGAUUCUGCCUACAGAGGACGUUGGUAGGCAAAGGGCUGCAUUCCUACCCUGUUCACCCCAGCAUGCAAGCUUUGCAGCAAUAAAUGCACACUGCAGCGGGUGUUGACCUGCAUACCUAACAGCCCUCCUGUUCUGUCUCGGCUGGAAAGGAACCAUUUCUUAAAAAGUCAUGCAAAGGUCAACACCCUACUUUUCAUCUUCUCAUCCGGCUUUAGCCUUCGAGCUGCACACCCGCUUAGAAACUCCAGGUUUAGACUUAGGCUAACAUUUGCUUUCUCCUGUAACCUUAAAAGCAGCUUAAAAGGGGGGGGGGGAAGAGACCAAUCACAGCAUUUAAACUCAGAACAGAAACCUUGGAAACUGUUUCAUCACACA